GCAAUGCAUACAUCAUAAAUUUCAAAAAUUAAACCCACAAAAAUACCCAUAAUCUCGAUCGAGCCAUGAUAAUAUGCAUACUGAAAAAUUCAUUUUCAUAGCUUAAUAAAUCACAAGCGGUAUGAGUGAUCUAUAAUCGUCUUUUCAUAGCUUAGUAAAUCACAAGUUGUAGCAGUGAUCUAUAAUCGUCAAAAUUAGCAAUCGUUGAGCAUGUUAAUUACUUUUUUUCUUCUCUACAAAUAAAAUUCUUUUCUUACCGAUUUCAAGCAUAUCAAGAGCUAUAACCGAAUCCACUAGAUUUCAUAAACGAAUUCAUUCACCCUUUCAGAAUCAUUCAAUUCGAAUUCAUAUUUUUAAUCCCAAAAAUCAAAUUUGUAUAUCAUUUUUAAAUCCAUAAAUAAAUAUUAGUUUUUUUUUCCUAGUUUAAUCUCCCCAACCAUAAAGAGUCAGGUUAGGAGAACCUCACCUAAAUCGUCUUUCCUCAAACCCCGCAUCAAAUAAAAUAAGCAAAUCAGAAACCAUAAACUAGGAGAUAAUCAAAUAAAUAAAAACAAUAAAAUCGCUCACCACGCCCUUCAGUCACCGUGGGUGGAACAUCCUAUGACGCCGUCUCCAUCGUCCACGGUUGCAUAAUCUGACUCCCAAAACCCACAGACAAAACGUUAGAAUCCCAGUCCUAAAUAAAAAACAAAUUAAACACACAUGCAAAUAAAUAUCUUACCCAGAUCUGAUCUCUCUUCAAAUCUGAAAAAUAAAGAAGGGUCAGAACCAAUCCAAAUCGAAGUAAACGAAAAUUGAAAAAGGAAAGAAAAAUAAAAAACUUACACUGCUGUCGUCGGCGUUCUUGUUGCCGCCGACGGUGCGGCUUCGACUAACGACGCUCCCUCUCUGUUCCUCGUCCGAGUCCCAAAAACAAAACAUAAUAAGUAAAAAGAAAUCAGAAAUCAAAACUUCACAAAAAGACACAAUCGAACCAAAAAUAAAAAACAUGCAUUUCUAGGAUCUUACCUAGAUCGAGACCUUUUAGGUUGAUUUAACUUGAAUACGAGCGAUUCCCUUGGCCAGCCGAGAAAGGAGAAGACGGCGGCGCAGGAGAGAGAGCUAGGUUGUAGGUUUCCCUUUCUCGGAUUAGAGAGGGAGAACGCGAGAGAGAGAGAGAGAGAGAGAGAGAGAGAGAGAGAGAGAGGAGAGGAGACGAGAGAGUGACGGCUACGUUGUUUGUGUGGCUAGGGUUUCGUAUUCUUCUCUCUGGAGGAGAAGAAGAGACAUGAGAGUGAUAGAGGGUCGAGAGAGAGAGAGAGAGAGAGAGAGAGAGAGAGAGAGAGAAGUUGAGGCGGCUGUUUGGGUUUGUUUAGGCUAGGGUUUCAUCUUUUUGGGAGUGAAAAAGAAAGGCGAGAGUGAGAGAACGAGUGGAUUAGAGAGGAAUGAGAGAGACUGGCGGCAGCCUCUUGAUCUGUGUAUAAUGGGUUAGGGUUUCGUUUAAGAGACGUUUAUAUACCUCGUCAAUUACAAUGACUAGAUUACCCCUAGGGUUUUCAAAUAUUUUCUGCCCCCUGCCCCCGCGUUUUGAUGAAAGUUCGAAACUACCCUCCCCCCUCUGAAAUAAAACUGCGAAUAAAAAAAAUGGUGGUUAGCGCGUCUCAAACCCUCGUUUAGUGAAGCGAGUACGUUUAGACACUGGCAACUUAGCCAGUUGGGCUGCUGGCCCAUCAUGCGAUAAAUUAACCAUCUCGUUUAAUUUUAUUUGUUUAAAGUCCUUAAUACGAAAUGUAGAAUGCGAAUUAAGUUUAUCUCAUUUUUUUUUCAAUACGUCAAAAUACUUCCUAAUGACUAAAAUACUUGCAUUUAUUAUCAUAACCUCAUAAUAAUCUAUAUGAAGUUUUAUUAACAAAAUCUUUAAAACAAAAAUUACGUUCAGUGGAACGUGGUAAAAGUCAUAAUUAAAAUGAUCAAAGUUCCUAACGAACUACGUGGACUUUGAUCCCGUUUAACGGGUACAUAGGCAACCUAUAAGGUUCGAGUCCAACUAACCAAUCAAUUUUAUCUUUUAAUUUUUACGCCAGUGGGCGUAUAAUUAAAUCACAAUUAAUAUGAUUUAAUUAAUUUAGUGGUCCAGUAUGGCCCUAAAAAUAUCUAAAAUACCUAAUCAUGAACUAAACCUCCAUUGACGCAUUAAUUAAGUCAUAACCAAUAUAUUAAUGAUCUAGUGGGAUUUUAAAAUACACAAUAUUUACCAAAAUAACACCCAACACAUAUAAAAUUUAUCGACUUAAGUAGUACCGAUUUAGCGCGUUGUGGGGUGUGAUUUCACUUCCUCACACGUAACCGUACUCCUGAACCCGAAUAUCUUAACCGCAGACCAUAUCUCAGUUCUGAACCUAAGGUUAGAGCCGAUUCGAAGAGUCUUCGAUCCACUCCAAGUAAGAUCGAUGGCGACUCCCAAAAAACGAACGCGAGGACCCUGACAACCCCCGCAGGGACGUUUGCGACACGUGUAUAUACGUGAGUCGUCCUUGUGUCACGAAGCUCACACUUUUGAGUUCCAUUGAGGUUCUAUAUAGGAGGAUUGUUUGUGGUUCUUGCUAGGAAGGAAAGAGAAAAGAGUAGUGUUGGAGUAAGUUCUUAAAAGAGAGCAUUGGUUGAUAAAUAUAAUGUGGCAAGUGUUUUACUCUCUAGUACCCCCCUCAAAAAGAAAAGAGAAAAAGAAAGAAAGAAAAGGAAAGUAGAAAGAAAAAGAAUCGAAAAGAGGUAAUAAAACGGCGUAAAUAAGGUAGAGAGUGCCACAAAAAUCAAACAGUGUGCUCUAGGAGGGGUUUCUCAGGAUUCAAGCUAUUGAAACCCCCCACAUUGUUGUUGAGCUCCUUCACUACCAAGUCGAAAUGUGAUGGCAAGAAUAGACCGAGGAAGAGCGCUUAAAGGUAGUUCAUGAUGCGUGAUAGUUUGGAAGGGAGAAGGUUCUUAGCAAAACCAUAGAACCUUCGGGUUUAGGGUGAAGAUGUAGGACCUCAUGUUGUGUUUUCCACCAACCGAAAUCAUUUUCCCCAUGUCCAAGACAAUUGCCAGUCAUUUGAACCAGUGUCUAAGACCUCCAGACAAGCUAGUGAUGACAACCAUCCUGUGAACUCUAACAUUUAGAGGAUGCCGCCAUGGUGAAGAGACGAUAGGGCCGAGUGGUGAUGAUUGUGGACAUUCUUUUCACCAAAAAGAUACCGACCCCACUGGUCAAGAGAUUGAGUGAUUCAUUCUUGCUUUGCAUGUCAUAUCAUUCCCCGGCGAGGACCUUUGUUGCCUAUUUGUUUGUUCCUUGGACUUUAAUGUUAUGCAUGGUUAGUUGUGGACCUUGAUUGUCAUUUGUGGUAGAUGUCGGUAUGGCUUACAACGGUCCCUGUGUUAAUUGCCAAUAGCCAUUGAGAUUCACCACUUUGUGCCUUUUGAUUUGUCCCUAAAGCAUUUUGUUAGGUUGAGAUAUUACCUUGUGUGAAAUGGUUUGCUUGGGGACAAGCAAACGUCUGAGGGUGGGGGAGUGUUUCAAAGUCUAACAGGUGAAACCAACCCUAGAGUCGAAAGUUGGAAGAUAAGGUCAAACCAACCUCGGAGUUGAAAGUUAGAAGAAAAGGAGCAAAGACCGGGCAAAGAGGAGGAUCAGCCAGAGUUCACGGUCCAACAUUAGUGUUCAUGGUCUCCAGUACCGUCAACUGGAACCACAAAUCAUUAAUAGCGAAGCGUCCGGAGGGGUUUCUGAGGUUACUGACUCCAAGGAAAUUUACGGUCGCUAAGACCGUGACCUGGAACCACAAACCGUGAACCCCAGGAGUGAAGCGGUGCAGUUUGAUCCAACUCACUGAGUUCACGGACGUGUUCUGAUGUUCACGGCCGUGAACUGGGCACGAUCUUAGUAUAAAUGGAGAGCUGAAAGGAAGAAGAAGGGAGAGCCCAAAGUGAGAGAAACCUUCUUCUUCUUGAAACCCUAGAGAGAGAAAGUCACGAACUAAGAGGGAGAAGAGGCUAGGGUUUGCUCCAAGUGAAGAUUUUGGGAAGUUCCUCUUCUUUGGAGGAGUUGGAGGCAUCACAAUGAUGGUUUCUUUCUUCCUCUUUUGUGUUCUUCCAUUGUCCAGCAUGGAGUAGUUUCCCUUUCCACUUUGGUGUUUUAGAACCCUAACUACUAUCAUGUAAUUGAUUGUGUGGAUUGAAUCAUUGUGUGAUGGUGGUGUUUAACUUAAUAAUUGAGGUAUUUUUCAUGGUGAUUGUGCAUAUUGUUUGCUUGACAAUCUAUUGUGCUAUUCUAACCUAGAUUAGAGAGAAGCCCCCUUAUCUUAAAAGGCUCAAAAUUGAGAUGGGUUUUCUUAGGCAUUCCAUGCCUCCUAACUAGGUUAAUGAAGGGUAAACCUCUACUUAAAUUAGACACUGAGGUUGAUUGUGAUUAUGCCAUCCAAGCCUUGGUUUGAGGGAGAAGGUAAGUCAACCCUCAAUUGGUUUGGCCAAGAGGGCUACAAUUGUAGCCUUUAAUGCUUACCUUGGCCUAGCAAUUGAGAGGAUGAUUUCUAACCGUUGUUGCACCUCCUACGGGUCACAAUUUUGUUGUCACACACCGAUUCAUUCGAUCUCACGAUUCAUGGUAGUUAGUUGCGGGGAAGCAACACCCUAGUGAAGCUUCUCACCAAGAGUUUUCCACCUUAUUACUUUUCAAAGUCUUGCUUUCAAAUCGUAGACCGUAGAGAUUUCAACAAACAACAAUCCGCUAGAUAAUGUUCGAAGUAGGGGUACAUGGGACGGCCUGGGUUGAUAUUUAAACAUACUUGGCCUAUAUUGCACCCAUCUAAUUGGACCUUAGAUGGGAUUUUAUUGUGAUAGUCGGAGCGAGUCACGGUGCAUGACAUUUCAAUGACCACAAGCUCGGUUUGAUUGGUUGACCUUGGUGGAGUGGUGCCAUAUCACUCUUUACAAUGUCCGUCUUCGCCUCAACUCCUUCGCCACAAUCUUACUAUUGCACAGAUGCGUCAAAAACAGUUUGAUGAUUGUUGGAGUUCCGAGCACAGUUUCAUGUUAGAUGACAUGGUUUACCUCCAUCUUCAACCUUACAAGCAGGGUUAUGUCGUAGGGCGUCAUGGAUCCAAGUUGGGUCCUCACUAUUUUGGUCCUUAUAGUGUGCUCGCAUUUAGUGGAGAGGUGGCUUAUCAUUUGGAUCUUCCACAAGACUCUCAGAUUCAUCAUGUGCUUCAUGUAUCACUGCUGAAGCUAUCCCAUUCCAUUGUGCCUCUAGCAUCAUCCCAAAGUUGGCUCCAGCUGCCAUUCUGGCCAGGCGGUUCUUCCAGCGCAAUAACCAGGCUAUCACACAGAUUUUGGUCCAUUGGAUUCAACAAACUCUUGCUUAUGCAACCUGGGAGGAUCUUCAUCCCUUCCGACGGCGUUUUCCUGCAUUUCCGGCUUUGGGACAAGCCAUUUGCCAAGGGGAGGAGAUUUUUCAUGAUCCAACUAAUAGGGACACUUAUGUAAGCCAAUUUUAUUCUUUGUUGACUGUAUAAAAGAAAGAUGAGAGCUACUAAUUGGGGGACACUUGAUGAUAAUAACAUAAUCCUUACUUCCUACUUUUCUCUCUUCUUUUGAUUCUUUCUUUUCUCUCCCAACUUCUCUGUUAUUUCGCUAAAGUCAUUUCCAUUCCAGUGAUAGUUACAUCCACAGCCAAUCCUGCCAUGUUUUGUCGGGUGUGACAGAGUGUAAGUCAUCUUCUCUUUCUCAAGAGAUUCCUCUAAUCAAGUAUUGUUGAACGAAAUUGAGCAGUAGGAUACGAGAUCAGGAUUCGCCGGAGCGAAGAUGGGCAUGAUCGCCGGUCAAUGAAUUUGAGUUGAGGGAGGGGACAACGAUACAUAGUUUUGUUGGAUGGAGCCGGAGGAGAGUGAGGGAAAAGGAAGAGACACAAGGGUUUUCGAUUUUUUUGAAAAUAAUAACUUAAAAUUAAUAUAUAUCCAUGUGGCACAGUCAAACAAUUGACUUUUUGCCACGUCAAUAUUAAUUUGCCACGUCAUAGUCAACUGACUUUGAACGGAUGAAAAGUUAACGAUUUGACUAUUAUUUUGUUUUUUGAAAGGUAUAGCUAUUAUUUUGUUUAAAAUUAAAGGUUUGACAAAUAUAUUGUAUUUACAUUAAAUAAAGUUCAAUACUUUCACCUUCACCCAAUGUACAAAAAGGGUUUCCUCUCAUCGCAAAUUAUUGUCAUGCCGGUGACAUAUUGGUCGUUACAAUUGGUGAAAUUCUUUUGAUAUGAUUGAUAUGAUCAAUCUUCGAAUUUCAAAUAAAAGGUAUCACUUUUGGUGAAUUUAAUUAGUAAAGGCCAAAUACAAUUGUAUAGCCAAAACUUUGACGUUCGCGAUAAUAAUAGCCACUUUUGAGGAAAUACCAAUAAUAGCCAAAAAUUUGAAAGUUCAAUGACAAUAAUAGCCAUUUCCGUUACAUAGUUUAACGGCGUCAGUGACACCGUUAGUCAAAUUAACGGAAUGAUGAUCUGGCUGCCAACUCACCUUUUCUUUCUUUUCCACCUCAGGAUUCACUGACAGAAGGACGACACGUCAUUUACAAAAGUAAAAAAAAACUUUGAAAAUGUGUUAUUUUUUUAUUAAUUACAUAAAUAAACAAAAACAAAAGAGAUGAACUCUCCAUCUCUUAAUCCCUUCUUCAUCUUCUCUGAUCCAACUCCCUGCCUCCAGUUUUAUCGAUCGACGAACCAAGCGACUGGCAAACCCUGCUUCUCCAGAUCGAAUAUGUCUUCUCUUGUAACACCCCAACAUUUGGGUUUAGAUUCGACUGGGCGGUUGAAUCAAUGGUUAUGUACAAAGGGUUUGACCAUAGAUUGGAAAUAAUAAUAAUAACAUUAGUUAUUAUUAAUAAUAAUAACAUCAUCAUCCGUUUCCGGGCAGCAACAAAGAAAGUAGGAAGAAGAAAGAAACCCUAAACCCCUCCACCGUUACCUCCCCACCCCAAUUAACAAACGCUGCCCUCUCCACGUCUCCUUCAACUAAUAAAUCCCACCGUAACCCCACCUUUAUUCCCCAAAACGUCUCGAUUCCUCUCCUCGCUUAAUAAUAGCAACAACAUCGGAUCAAGAAAAUAAUUAGAAGGGGAAGAAAAGAAAGAGAGCAGUGGCCAAGAACAAAGGCCGAGAAUCGCCAUCAACAUCUUCCAAGUAAUCACCGUCACCUACGCCGGCCUCUCCGCCAAGCUGAUUACUCGGACUGAUGUGUUGGUGUCCAUGAAAUUCAUGACGAGAACCCUGGCAAGACGGGCUGAUUGGCCUUCACGCGCUCCGAAUAUAAAGCUAGAGAAUACGUGAAGAUGAAAAGGGAGGUAAGGGUCUUUCCAUCAUGUUCGAUUUUGGUGAUUAUUUGUAGUUAUAAUUCAUUGGAAGGGCGAAUAUAAAUGGCACGAGUUCGGGUAAAUUACUGGGGAAUUUAAUCAAGGCAUGCAUCUUCG